UGAGUAGCAAAUUAGUGACACAACUAUCUCACAACUGUGACAUGACCACAGUUGUCACUAUGUCACAACUGUCACUACUAAUAGUGACACAACUAUUUCUAAUUCCCUAUGUUGAAAGUUAUGUACGGAAUUUCCAUUUGAUAGUUUUAUAACCAAUGAUAACUUUUGGGUCCGAAUCAUCUUUACAUUUAGAUUUAUAUAUAAAUAUGCAUAAUAGUAUGAUAUUUAAAUAUCUAUAUAAUAACCACAGUUGCAUUUCAUCAGCCGACGAAAUUAUUACUAGAUAAUAUAUUAUUAUAUUGGUGGACGGGAAGAUGAUAAUGAUUCAAGAUCAUGAAUUGUGAUAAUAUGAUUCAGCAUCUAAAGUUACCAGCUGUAAUAAACAGAUAAAUUGUUUACUGGUAUUGAUAAGGACUUUUUGGCAGUACAAAGUUCGCCAGGCAAGCUAGUAUAAUAUAACAAUAUAAUAAACAUGAGAUCGGCUGAUGUAAAAUCUACACAGCUGACCUGGCCUAUGGUUACGAAUCUAGGCUACGAUAGAAUUAAGUUUUCUAUAAUAGUUGGUUGGUUGGUUGUUGCCAAGGAGGCAGUUGCGUUGCUAAGGAGGCAGCUGCGUUUGCAGUGAUGUCGAAAUAGUCUACACUCAACUCUCAACAGUAGUCUUCACUACACUCAACUCGACUCUUGUGCGUGAAUGAAGUAGUGGACGAACUAAUACAUGGAUUACCUUGAAUAUUUGGAUUACCAAGAACCUCGUUUGUGGCGAAGAUGUUACCCGAUUUUUAAUCCUUUUGAAGAUUUGACGGAUGAAGAGUUCAGAAGUAGAUUCAGGUUUAAUAAGGAUGCUGUGAAAGAACUUAUAGAGCUUUUAACCCCAAGGUUGGGAGGAGCUCCUCCUGAUCGAAGAGCUCACCACAGUAUUCCUAUAUGGAGAAAAGUGUUGAUUGCACUUAGAUUUCUCGCGGAUGGUACUUUCCACAGAGAGACUGGCGAUUUAUUGAAUGUGAGUACUGCGGCUUCAUGUCGCAUUGUACACAGUGUCGCGAUAGCUAUUUGUGUAGCAAUGAAAAAAGACUUUAUCAAAUUCCCUACAGGAGAAUAUGCUAGGAGAACAAAAACUAAAUUUUUUGUGAAAUAUGGGUUCCCAAAUGUGCUCAGUUGUGUCGAUGGCACUCUCAUCCCCAUUGUCUGCCCCACAACUGCUGACAAAGAAGAGUACCGGAGUAGAAAAGGGAGAUUUUCAAUCAAUGUAUUGGCAGCGGCUGGAGCUGAUAUGGAGUUUACUAAUAUUGUUGCUCGGUGGAAAGGGAGUACGCACGACUCCCGAGUUCUGAAAAACUCGUCACUAUAUUCAACUUUUGAAGAACGUGAUAUGGGUGGGAUUCUGAUCGGAGAUAGUGGAUACGCAUGUAACAGAUUUUUGAUGACACCACUUCUUCGACCACAAACUCCAGCGGAGCAACAAUAUCAACGAGCUUUAAUAAGGACCAGAUCGACAGUUGAGAGGAUGUUUGGUCUACUGAAAAACAGAUUCAGAUGUUUGAACCUUACGGUUCAGUCCCCGUCGUUGUUGUAUUGUCAUUGUUGCUUGCGCCAUACUUCACAACUUUGGAAUAAAAAAAGGAUUAUUUGAAGACGUUUUGGAGCCACUUCCUGAAGAUUAUGACAUGGAAGAGAAUGAAGACCAACCUGAGGUAGCUGACCGCCCCGACGGAAUCUUAACACAUAAUCAAAUUAUCCGCCGUUACUUCACAAACUGAAGUGAGUAAUAUAAAUAAUCAACUUCUUGAACAAAUAUUCUUGAGAUAAAAACGACAAUGACGUUUGGUGUGCUUCAGUCAAUAAGUGAGAAAUGGCUAUGACAAAAUUGCAUUAGUCUUUUGCCUCAAUACACAAAGUUCAU